UGUAGUAUGACCGAAACGUCUCUGGAAAUAUUCUUUUCUUACAUUUUCAAACAUAUUUGUGAGUUGAAGUUAAAACAGGUGUAAAGCCAAAGCUGAACUUUAAAUAUCAUAUCGAUACCAUUACAUACUUAUAAACUAUAGACUGCAAACACUUCUCAUGCCGCUUGAAGAAAUAAAAGCGAAUAUUCUCACGAUAGCUGCUCUAUCGAAUGCAUUGAGACACGUGAUAUUUCUCGCGUUAUUCAAGAUGUCUGCGCCCAUGAAGUUAUUAAAAUCGUUCCAAAAGUUGAUAUCUACCAAUAUAAGACAAAUUAAUACACUUUCAAGUAAAGAAAUAUGUUACCUUCAUUUUAUAGCAAAUCAACGAACUAGACAAUACCACAGUUUUACUUGUCAGACGCAAAGUUUACACCAGGGUACCUUGUUUGGCAAAACCUCCUUACGAAAUCGAAGGAAUUAUAGUCUACAACAUAGAGAAUGUUGGCGUUGUGGAAAACCGACAAAUACCAAAGAAGACAUAUUUUUCUGCAAGUGUGGGGUUGUUCAAUCCGUCCACUCAUUGUCUUAUUUCGAAAUAAUGAGCUUAUGUGAUAGUUUUGAUGUUGACACAGCAGUCUUGUCACAAAAGUACAAAGAAUUACAAAAGUUGCUGCAUCCAGACAAGCACACAUUGAAAUCAGAGGAAGAAAAAAUCCUUUUUGAAGAGCAGUCAUCCCUAGUAAACAAAGCUUACAGUGCUUUGGUUAAACCUUUGAAUCGUGCAUUAUACAUGCUUGAACAAGCUGGACAUCCAAUAGAGGAACAGAAUAGUAAUGUUGAUCAAGAAUUCUUAAUGGAAAUCAUGGAAAUCAAUGAAGACAUUGCUGAUGCUGAUUCUCCAGAGUCACUCAAACCUAUAGAAAUAAUAAACAAGAAAAGACUGGAUGACAACAUAAGUCAAGUAUCUAAAGCCUUUCAGGAAGGGGACAUAACUGCAGCUAAACAGCUUGUCAUAAAACUCAAAUAUUUCACAAAUAUUGAUGACAAAAUCAAAGACAUUUACAGAGGCCAGUUCUGAUUGCCUAGAAUUGUAGCUUAGACUGCAAUUUGGAUCUACGUGGAUUAAGGGUGGGAAAAGUUAGAUAUUCAUGAAAAAGAGGAUAAUUUUCACGUGAUAAUUUUAUAUACAAAUGUAUGGCAUUUACUUUGCAACACAUAUUAUCUUUAUACCAGAGGCAUUUGGGACAGGAACCCACUGUUAUUUUAAUCAGAUUCGAACCCAUGUUAUUUUUUAUCUGUGAUACAGGUAUUCUAAUUGAAAUUAGUUAUUAAGCUUAAUUACUUUUUCUAUUGUCUACAAAGUUUGUGAUUAAGUCAAUUGGUAUACUGGAAUACAGUCCCACCUAUUUGAAUUUCAACUUUGCAUUUUUCUGUCAAAAUGAUACAAGAGCUAGACACAAUUAUGUCUGUGUCAACACUUAAUGAAUUCAUUUCCGAAUGGUUUUAAUCUUAUUUUUUAUCUAUAUAUUAAGUUUGAAGUUAAAUGUUUUGUAAUGUAUAUCUAACUAUCUGAGGAAAUAACAGAAAUCUAUUUUUAUUUAAUUUUUGUCUGUCUACUUCAAAUCUAAAAAAACAUUCAAAGAUAUAUAUAGGUUUCAUUUCAAGUUAGAAUUUGAUAUAUAUUACUUGAUAUUAACCCCCCGGUAUUUUAUUUGUAGUGAAACUUACACAUGUACAAAGAAAGGUUGUGAUACACUAGUAAAUGUAUUACCAAAUUCAUAUGCAGAAUUGUUAUAGCCAGUGUGAUGUUGAAUAGUGCUGAUUUAUUUUGUGUAUCAUGUGUGUAUGAAGAGGAAUUUAAAUGUGUGUGCUGGAAGAUAUUGAUGAAAAUGUGUGUGAGACACCUUAUAAGUAUUAAUAAAAACUAUAUUUUUAGACUUUGAA